CCACCACCACCAAGAAGAAAAAGAAGAGAGCUCUCUCUCUUCUUCCCUGUAUUCCAUCCCAUCCAUUUCUCUCUCUCUCUCUCUUUCUGUACCCAAAACAGAACAAAACAGAGCUCUCCCCUCUCCUCUCCUCUGUCCUCCCCUCCCUUCUCAUCUCAUCUCUCUCCUCUCCUUUUGCUGCCUACAUCACAUCUCCUAGUUCUAGUCCCCUCUCUGCUGCUGAGACCCCUCCGCAAGCGUUGCGCCUGAGAAGACCCCGCGAUAAAUCGGGCCUUGAGUUCUUGCAUUUGAAUCUGAAUCUGAACCCAACCGGAAAGUUUUGGCAAUCAGCUCUGUUGAGAAGCAGGACAAGCGGGUUUGGGAUAAAGUCUCUUAAAGCUUUCGGCUUGUUAGAUGAUGGCUUCUGUGGGAAUUGCGCCGAUCUCCGGAUUAAGGGAACCCGGUGGCAAUGCUGCUGGGGUGGAUAGGCUGCCCAAUGAGAUGAACGACAUGAAGAUUCGGGACGAGAGGGAAGCAGAAGAGACUGUUGUUGAUGGUAACGGGGCUGAGGCGGGCCAUAUAAUCGUAACUAACAUUGGCGGAAAGAAUGGCCAGCCAAAACAGACGAUAAGUUACAUGGCUGAGCGUGCUGUUGGACGGGGAUCCUUUGGAGUUGUGUUCCAGGCAAAGUGCUUGGAGACCGGUGAAACUGUCGCAAUUAAAAAGGUUCUUCAAGACAAGCGGUUCAAGAACCGGGAGUUGCAGACCAUGCGACUUCUCGAACACCCCAAUGUCGUGUCUCUCAAGCACUGUUUCUUCUCCACCACUGAGAAGGACGAGCUCUACCUGAAUCUUGUGCUCGAGUAUGUGCCCGAGACUGUGCACCGUGUGAUCAAGCAUUAUAACAAGAUGAACCAGAGGAUGCCACUAAUCUACGUGAAGCUCUACUUUUAUCAGAUCUGCAGGGCACUUGCAUACAUUCACAACUGUAUCGGAGUAUGCCACAGGGACAUAAAGCCCCAAAAUUUACUGGUUAACCCACAUACCCACCAACUCAAAUUAUGUGACUUCGGCAGUGCUAAAGUUCUGGUCAAAGGGGAACCUAACAUAUCUUACAUCUGUUCGAGGUACUAUCGUGCACCUGAGCUUAUAUUUGGUGCGACGGAGUAUACCACAGCAAUUGAUAUCUGGUCCGCUGGUUGUGUGCUAGCAGAGCUACUCAUUGGACAGCCGCUCUUUCCUGGUGAGAGUGGGGUAGACCAGCUCGUUGAAAUCAUCAAGGUUCUGGGCACCCCAACUAGGGAGGAAAUUAAAUGCAUGAACCCGAACUAUACUGAGUUCAAAUUCCCGCAAAUCAAAGCCCAUCCAUGGCACAAGAUAUUUUACAAGCGCAUGCCCCCUGAAGCUGUUGAUCUUGUGUCAAGGUUGUUGCAGUACUCUCCGAACCUUCGAAGUACAGCGCUGGAGGCAUUGGUUCACCCAUUUUUUGAUGAGCUUCGUGACCCCAACACCCGACUCCCAAAUGGCCGCCCGCUUCCGCCACUCUUCAACUUCAAGGCCCAUGAGCUGAAGAGAGUGCCCGCAGAGAUGCUUGCGAGGCUGAUCCCCGAGCACGCAAGAAGGCAGUGCCCUUCCCUUCAGUUAUGAUGGGCUUCGCUCACCCUGUCCUACGUAGGGAGAAAGAACCUCUGCCUGCUGCAGGAAAUUGUGAAGUAUUCAAAUGUUUCUCAUGUCCUGCGUCCCCUUCUCUCUCUGUUUUAUUUGUCUCAAAUGUUUAUUUGUUCCCUUAAUUUUUAUCUUUUUCGUCAAUCCUCAUCCCUUACAGAGGGCAAGAGAGAGACAGAGAGAGAGGCCCUGAUGCUACUGCCUCAAUGUUUUUUAAGAAAAGACCAGACAGCAAAAUAGGUCACUGACCAUAGUUCUUUACUUAGAUUGUAAUGAUGUAUGUAGUGCCAGAUUUGUCCCCAUUUUCUCUC